AAAAAAAAAACAUAAUGUUCAGAACAGUUUUAAAGGCUAAAAAGGAUUGUUGAUUUGGUGGGAUUGCAAGGCGCUGACCAUGUUGGAUUGCCCCUGCUGAUUUCUUAAAGCCUUCAGUUGGAAAAUGAAGGCCCAGUCUGUUCGUUGUAUUCCACCGGCAACUCUACUCCGGAGAAAGUAUUUAUUCAGAAGAAGACUCAACUUCCCCCGCUCCUUCGUUCCCGAGCAUUGCCACGUCAGCUUCUCAGUCCAUUGUUCUCAGACGCCCACCGAUAACUCCGACGAGCUAAUUCUGAAGCAAAACUCCUCAGCUACAAGGCGUAAUGUACUCCUCAUGCCUCUUCUGACCAUCGGAGUUUGUGCUCUCCGUUCCACAGUUGCCAGAGCGGACGACAAACCGCCUGAGAAUACUCCGCAACCUCAGGUGACUACAGUGGAGGCUCCUCCGCCUGAUCCGGUGGUUAAGGCGGAGGAAGUGAUAAGUUCGAGGAUUUAUGAUGCGACGGUAAUUGGAGAGCCUUUGGCUUUGGGGAAGGACAAGAAGAAGAUCUGGGAGAAGCUCAUGAAUGCUCGGGUCGUGUAUUUAGGCGAAGCCGAGCAAGUUCCAACUCAAGAUGAUAAAGAAUUGGAGCUGGAGAUUGUGAAGAAUUUGAGGAAGAGAUGCGCCGAUGCAGAGCGGUCGAUUUCGUUGGCUCUAGAAGCAUUUCCAUCUAAUUUACAAGAACAACUCAAUCAAUACUUGGCUAGAAGGAUUGAUGGAGAGAGUUUGAAAUCUUAUGUUGCACAUUGGCCAACUCAAUAUUGGCAUGAGUAUGAGCCCUUAUUGACUUAUUGUCGUGACAAUGGGGUUCGACUAGUCGCAUGUGGUUUGCCUCUAGAGGUCCUACGAACAGUUCAAGCAGAAGGUAUUCGGGGGCUUUCAAAACCUGAUCGUAAGAAAUAUUCUCCUCCAGCUGGUUCAGGUUUCAUCUCAGGCUUUACGUCUAUGUCACACAGAUCAUCCAUUGAUGUAAAUAUGCUGAACCAGCCUACUCCCUUUGGACCAAGCUCAUAUCUCUCUGCACAAGCAAGAGUUGUUGAGGAGUACAACAUGUCCCAGAUAGUUUUAAAAGCAGUGAAGGAUGAUGGGGCUGCUGGUAUGAUUAUAGUUAUCACAGGUGCUACUCAUGUCAUGUAUGGAUCAAGAGGGACCGGGGUGCCUGCUAGAAUUUCAAGGAAGAUACAAAAGAAAAAUCAAAUUGUCAUACUACUUGACCCUGAAAGACAAUGGCUAAGGAGGGAGGGAGAAGUUCCUGUUGCUGAUUUCCUGUGGUAUUCUGCAGCUAGACCUUGUAGCAGAAAUUGUUUUGAUCGUGCAGAAAUUGCCCGUGUGAUGAAUGCAGCUGGCAGGAGACGAGAUGCCUUACCACAGGACCUUCAAAAUGGACUAGAUCUUGGUUUGGUAUCCCCCGAAGUGCUGCAGAACUUUUUUGAUCUAGAGCAAUAUCCUUUCAUUUCAGAGUUAACAGACCGCUUUCAGGGUUUUAGAGAGAGAUUGUUGGCUGAUCCUAAAUUUCUACAUCGAUUAGCUAUUGAAGAAUCUAUAUCAAUAACAACUACUCUGUUGGCACAGUAUGAGAAACGUAAAGAGAACUUUUUGGAAGAGCUUGAUUAUGUUAUUACAGACACUCUUAGGGGUAUAGUUGUGGAUUUUUUCACAGUGUGGCUUCCUGCUCCAACGAUUUCUUUCUUGUCAGUUGCUGAUGAUGUUGAUGCGCCCGAGAGCAUCGGAGCAUUGAAAGGUCUCCUGGGUUCCAUCCCAGAUAAUGCUUUUCAGAAAAAUCUUGUUGGGAAGGACUGGAAUGUGAGUCACAGAGUUGCCUCUGUGCUUGUUGGUGGCCUUAAAUUGGCCGGUGUAGGAUUUAUUUCUAGCAUCGGGGCAGUGGCUUCAUCAAAUAUCUUGUUUGCAAUGCGCAAAGCAUUAAACCCGACCUUAACUACUAUCCAGAAGAACAAGCGAUCUCCAAUAUUGAAAACGGCGAUUGUGUAUUCAUCAUUUCUUGGUACAUCUGCAAAUCUGCGUUAUCAGGUUAUUGCAGGAUUGAUAGAGCACCGGAUUGCAGAUCAAUUUUCUGACCAAACAUUACUUGUAAAUAUGCUAUCUUUUGUUGUUCGAACGAUCAACUCCUAUUGGGGAACCCAGCAAUGGAUCGACCUUGCGCGGGUUACAGGAUUGCAGGCUCGGAAGAGCGAGCAAGUUUCUGAUCUUGCUCUAGAUUCGGCAAAUCCUACUGCAGUUGGUUGCAAUACUCCAGAAGAUACCAAUACUGAUGAAAUCAACAGUCAAUAGUAGCACUUCCACUUAACUUGUAAGCAGCAGUUUUGUACUUUUGAUUCUUUUGCUGUACAUCAUUCAAAUUUUUAGCCUGUCAAUAUACACAGUUGAUAAAUUUUGACAAACUUCCAAUAAAUCUUUGUUAUUCAGACACUCGAA